GCUCUGCCUCCAUCCCGGCUCGGAGCUCCGAGCCCUUCCUUCCCCGGCUGCCUGCGGGGACCCAGCGGUGCUGCCGCUCUGCCGCCAGCCCAGCACCGGCAGGGAGAGCCGGCCCUGCCCGGGACAUCAGCAGCAGAGGGGGAGAAGUGAGCUGGGCUGAAAGGAUGCUGUCCUGACUCCGGCAGCAAAUCCCAAAAGCUGCGGGAUGCUCCCGGGGGAAUCGCCAAGCUCGUGGUCUGAAGCAGGGACUCUGCUGCCUCAUCCCAGCACUGCUGCCUGCUCUGAAAGGAAGUCGACUUUUUGACCGUUCCUAAUGAGAAAUUCAGAACUCCAUACUCCUUAAGCCCUGAAUUAGGAGAGAAGAGAUCCCCCAGAGGUUUGGCAAAGCGGAGAACAACCUUCCCCAGCUCACCCAAGGAUAAACCACCUGCUGUGGGAGAGAGAAGCUGGCAGAAAGCUGAUUGCCCAGUCUGUCUGGAGAAACCAACACCUGCAAGGACCAAAGCUGUGCAAACCUUCACAGCUCAGCUUGAGAGCAGGACCAAAGCUUUUCACCACCCAAAGGAGGUGACCUACCAAAAGGAGACCCAAAGUAUUUUUAGGAUGGAAUAAAAGCCAGAAGGAAGUGUAAAGCACAAGUGUGAUGCUCGUUGUCAUUAUGACAGCAAUGUGCAAAACGGUUUGCAAAGGCCUGUCCCUCGCAGUUUGCUCCACGGUGUGAGCACUGAGAGGAUGGAGCAUCUCUUGCUGAAGCCACCAUGCCAUCUGUGCUGAGUUUCCUCUCCUGACCUCCUUUGUGAGUCUGGUGAGGGGAGGCAGGAGAUCCAAAGGUAAAUGCAGAAAAUGGACCAAAGCUGACAGAGAGCAAUGACUGAGAUCUAUUUCAAGUUCCGCGGAAACCUGACGGGCCGUGUCCACCUUCCAACUCUGGCUACUGAAGUAGACACAACAGCAGACAAAUAUUCCGGCCUCUACGUGUACGUGGGAUUGUUCCUCACCCUCCUGGCUCUCCUCCUGAUCCUGCUUUUCUCCAUGCUCCUGCGCCUGAAGCACGUUGUGUCCCCCAUCACCUCCCCGGAGAGCACCGAGAACGUGCAGCAGUUCACGGAUGUGGAAAUGCACAGCAGGAUCCCCUCCACUUAGGGAGCCCACAGCAAAGAGGGCUCCGUGCUUGGGAAAGGUGUUUUCUUCAGCAAAAGGUGGUGGAGAGAAGUUCUGGCUGCCUGUUGAGCCCCACAAAUUCCUGCAGAACCCUCAGCAGCAUCUGGAGAGUGUCACUGGCUGUUGGCACCACAGGCAGCAUGUGUGCAGCAGCCUCCAUAAAACUGACAUUACAGAAACACACUGCUGUCAGGGAAGGCUCACACCCCUCUAAAAACCUUGCAGGAAAUGGGAAAAGCCACAUUAAUGACAGCCAAAAACCCAGAGAAACACAGCAGGAUGUGUCCUGGGGCCUGUGCUUGCUGCCCUCUCUCUCUGAAUCAACAAAGCUGAAGUGGUGUAAGUGGGAAGAGCCCAUGGGGCACACACAGAAAUUGUCAGUGGCUUGAAAAUUCUCAGGCAUUUCUCCCAUUCGAGAAGGAAAACAUUAAAUUGUUCUCUUUUUUCACUUGAAUGGCAAUUUGGAAAUUAAAUAACAGAUUUUCACAAAUAUAGAAAUGUUUCAUCACCUGCUGGAACUCCUUCUUUCUGACAUUAGAAGCCAUUUAGUGAAUAGUUGCACACCAGAUAUCAAAAAGAGACACAACUUUAAAGAGGAAAGAGAAUAAAGCCAAAAUUUAAGGAAGAUUUAAAAUAAAAAGAAGCAGAAGCAGCAGGAAAUUAAAUUAAAAAAAUUAAAAGACACUCUACCUCUUCCUUUGUCCUCCUUUACAUUAACUGGGCUGAAUAUAAACAUUUUUAUGCCUUUUAGGCUCCCCAUUAUCACUCAGUAAUUAAAAUGCAGUGUAAGUUUUGGGAGCCCAAUUGACACUGCUCUCCUAACAGACUCAAGAUAAUAAUAAUAAUAAUAAUAAUAAUAAUAAUAAUAAUAAUAAUAAUAAUAAUAAUAAUAAUAAUAAUAUGUUCUCUCAUAUCCAUAUUGGGUUUUCUUCCUUUCUUCCAAAGUUUUUCUCAUUUGUUUUCCUCCAAGGAAAGCUGAGGAAAUGCCUUGGCCUGGCACUGCAAUAAGGAAUAGUGGGAACAGCUUUGGACACAGACUAAUAGAGAGCAUGCAGAUGGAAAAUAAACUCACUGAGCACUGAAAGAUAUGAUUGGAUUCAAAUCUCCUGAUGGAAUCUCACGGGGGAAGGAAAUGUUUAUUUGAAUUUAUGGCACAACAAUCUGACCCAGUCCUAUGAGUGACACACAGAGGUAGGCUUUGCUUCUGUGGAUGGAAAAGAUGGAACCAAAUAUUGGAAAUCACUCCUGGGAGAGCCACUGCCUCUCACAGGAAAACCUUCAGUGAAUUGUUUCAGCCACAUCUCUAAAGGGCAGGUACUUUACACAGCUAAUACUCUUUAUUACAGUCUAGGUCAGCAAUAAAACCCCCUGGAUGUUUUCCACAUGUACAUACACUCUUAUUUGCCAAUUCUCCUCUCUCCAAGGGCUUGGAAAGUGUAAAGUCCUCACACAAAGCCAGAGCAAAAUUAGAGAAGACACCGUCACAUGGACCUGUGAUAGUAGCAGAAAAUUUUUCUUCAAAUGCCCUGUGUACAAGAGGGUUUUUGGUUACCUUUAAAGCUCUGGGUGAGCUGUUUGGACUGGGAAUAUCUGGGCUUUUACAGGUGGUAGCCAGGGGGGAAGCAGAAUGACAAGUAACAUACACUGGAUCCAUGGGCAGGACCAGUGCUAUUUCUCACUGAUGUAUUGAGUACAAAACCAGUUAAACAUUGCUUUUCUCUACUGACCAAUCCCUUUUUACUUCAUUAACCCCCACAUCUGUGAAUCACAGAAUCCCAGUAUGGUUUGGGUUAGAAAGGACCUUAAAGACCAUUUUGUUCCAGCCCCUGCCAUGGGCAGGGACACCUUCCCCUAUCCCAGGUUCUCCAAGCCCCAUCCAACCUGGCUUGGGACAGUGAACCAGAGCACUGAUGGUGUGAGGAAAUACAGCAAAAGAUUCACUCUCAGCAGUGUCUCUCAGUGCCAUGCUUGACUGUGUUUCCCUGGAAAAAGGGGAAGGAUUCAGGUUAUCCUGUAUGGGGACAGCACCAGGCAGGAUGGUGGCUUCACCCCGCAUCCACAGAUUGGCUCCUCGACUCUCAGUACUGCACAAAAGACAAAAUUUUGUGUGAUGAUCAGGGUAUUAAUCCAACUAAGACAGAUGGCUACUGAGUUAGUCAAUGACAUUUAAAAUUAACAAAAAUCUAGCUGCUCAAAUUGGUUUGGUAUGUGUCAUUCAUGAGGCAGCCUAGCCCAGGCUCAGCAUGUGAUUUACCCUGGAAAACUCCAUUCAAAAGCUACAACUUACCUAGACCAGGAAUGUUCUAACAUACUAAAUCAGCAACUAAACCACAUUGGCUUCCCAGCACAACUAUCUGCAGAAAAGCCUUGUGUCCAAGAGUCUGCAGGACAGAGUCAACUUUCAUUGGCAGAUUUUUAUUGAUAUAGAAUAUUAGACCUACCAAUGGAAAAUGACAGUAUCAAAUUCUGAGUGCUGUGAUCUCAGCCAAAAUGGUCCCUGAGGUACAUGUCAGGAAGGACUGAGCUUCUUUCCAUCACACCAAGGAAUGUUAAUUCAGAAGGUUCUCACAACACUUGAAAACUUAUUCAUUAUCCUUUAAAUAAAUGAGUAAUCUAUA